AUGGACGUCGAAGAUGUCAACUUGGUAACACCAAUGGGUAGUCCCUUACAGAAGGAGCUAGAUGCUGUGGCUUCAAUCAUGAAAGUUACAUUAGAUUGUUGUGCUGAAUCUCCGGAAAGAAGGACAAACAUGAAAGAUGUUGUAGGGAUGCGGCAGAAGAUCGAGACUCAACUCCUUGCUUUUGUAUUUGUUACUAUGGACUUUGUGCUCCUAUGGAUAAGGAAUAGAAGAGGUAAACAAGCUCCUCAACAAGCUGAUUCGUUGUCUACCGUAACACGAGAAAGAAUUUCAUACUAUGAACUGCUCCAAGCAACGGAUGACCUUAGCAAGAGUAAUCUGAUUGGUUCUGGAAGUUUUGGCUCUGCUUACAAAGGUGUUCUCAGAAGUAGAACUGCCAUUGCAAUUAAAGUGUUCAACCUGCAACUGGAUGCAGCAUUCAAGAGUUUUGAUACGGAAUGUGAAGUUUUGUGCAGCCUUCACCAUAGGAAUCUUGUUAAAGUCAUUACUACAUGUUCCAAUCUGGAUUUCAAGGCUUUAGUGCUCGAGUAUAUGCCUAAUGGAAGUCUUGAGAAGUAUUUGUAUUCACACAACUACUUCUUAGACAUCAUGCAAAGGCUAAGAAUAAUGAUAGAUGUGGCAUGUGCAUUGGAAUAUCUGCACCAUGGUUGCUCGUCGCCUGUGAUUCACUGUGACGUAAAGCCGAGUAACGUCUUUCUGGAUGAGGAUAUGGUUGCCCACCUAAGCGACUUUGGUAUUUCAAAACUUCUUGGUGACGAUGAAAGUGAAUUAUACACUAAAACUUUAGCAUCAUUGUGUAACGAUGGGGAAUCAUAUUGAUAAGGAGAACCAUAGUCACAUACAUUGAAAUAAGAAUUCAUCGUAGAAACAAAAGGAAAAUAGAAAAGGGAGAUUCCAGAAUGCUAAAACUUUAGCUAAGAAAAUAAAAGACAACUUCAUAACAUGAGCCCAAAUAGAUUAUAUUCCUCUACUAUAUAUAGACAUCUUCCCAGGGUCCCAAAUGUAAUUUGACAUCUUGGUCAAAUUCAUUACAAUUGUCCUCCCUCAAUAAGAACCUUGUCCUCAAGGUUCAAGUAUUGUUGUAC